AUGUCUGAGUUUGGCAAAGUGAAAUCGGCGAAAAAAAAUCAUUGUUCAUUGCUCACACGAAAAUACAGUAACUUAUAGUUAAGAAGAUUAUUUUCAUAAAUAGCGUAUUCAGAAAAGUCUUUAGAACAAACAAAUCAAUCAAAUUUCAACUUUAAACUGAAUAAAUAAGCGAAACCUUAUCAACUGCCCAAAAUGUCCGCAAAUACAGCAUCCACAUCGAAUCCGACGAGAUCGUCUAACGCAACGACGAUGACUUCGCAUAUCUUAAACGCAGCUAGCUCUAGUACACCCAGUAGACCGGCGGUACGUGCAUUAGCGCUUGAAUACAAAUCACUACAAGAAGAGCCAGUUGAAGGUUUCCGUGUAAAAUUGCUAAAUGAAGAUAAUCUCUUUGAAUGGGAGGUGGCAAUAUUUGGACCGCCGGAUACACUUUAUCAGGGAGGAUAUUUCAAAGCGCACAUGAAAUUUCCACAAGAUUACCCAUAUUCACCGCCAUCUAUACGCUUCCUGACAAAAGUUUGGCAUCCAAAUGUUUAUGAAAAUGGAGAUCUCUGUAUAUCCAUAUUACAUCCACCGGUAGAUGAUCCUCAAAGUGGUGAACUGCCUUGUGAACGAUGGAAUCCAACGCAAAAUGUGCGCACCAUAUUGCUGUCGGUUAUAUCGCUGCUAAAUGAGCCGAACACAUACUCGCCAGCUAAUGUUGAUGCAUCGGUUAUGUACCGGAGGUGGCGUGAUUCGCAGGGAAAGGAUAACGAAUACCCAAGCAUUAUACGCAAACAGGCACAGGCAGCCAAUGCGGAUGCUAUAAGAGAGGGUAUUGUUGUGCCGAUGACACUUGAGGAUUAUUGCCUUAAGCCGGCACGUAAAACGUCUACAGAACCGACGCUAGACACAAAUUUCUUUGACGAUGAUUAUGAUUUGGAAACUGAAGAUGAUUUACCCACUGACGAUGAUGAUGAAGACGAUGACUAUGAUCUUGAUGAAGACAACACAAAUACGAAGCGUAAAGAUAAUGGCACCGCGGAUGAAUCGGCUGAUGACAGUGGUAAAGGUGAGACAUCGUAAUCUCACAUUCAAAGAAAUAAUUUUUUGCUGCGGAGUGUGAGUUGAAGGUCGCAAGAAAUUUCUAUGCAGCGCAUAAGUGGCAACAAAAUUCAGGAACAAUUUAGCACUUAUAUAGUGUAUAUAUUUAUAAUAAAACAUGAAACGACAAAUGAAAAAAGAAAAGCACACUUAUACUUUUGCUAAACAUAAAGAAAUCUAAAUGAAAAAAUUUGACUUCGAAAAAGCAAUAAUCUAAAUUUACCGUAAUACGUUUUUUUUGUAAAUGAAAUAAUAAAUAAACAAACAUGCAUACAUAUACAAUAAAUAAAUGAUAUAAUUAGAAGUGUGCAGAUUAGUUUAGCAACAAUUAAGUGUUUUUGUCAAAAAAGUAACAAUAAAAAAUAUUAAACAAAAACUUAACAAAAAUAAUACAUGUAAAGAGUAAUAACAAAGAUUAAAGCCAAAUAACUGAAAUUAACUGACAGAACAAAUAGCAACAAAAUGCCAUAAACGUAACGCUAUCAAUAACAACUAAAAAUUUUUAAUUGUAGAAUGCAAAUGCAACGCUUUGAAACACUACAUUUACUAAACUAUGCAUAAUGACGUCAAAUGGACGACAAAAAUAGUUUAUGUUAAAGAAAUAUAUUACCACCUUUUACAAAAGUUAGUUCACGCUAGUUAUCACGCUGUUUUCAAUGUACCGCCAAAUGACAAGCUGGUUACUCUUGAUUACCGGUGCGUGUACAGUUAUCACAACUCAAUACAGUUGCAACAGCACUACAUUUGUCUGUUACCCUUGAGACAUGUUUACACAAUUUUUAACUAUUUAACUGUUACUUUCAACAAAAUACACAAGUGUGUUUUAACAUAAUGCAAUUCAGUUUUGAAAACAUUGACUUUUUUUUGUUCAUAUACUACUACUUGUAUACACGUAUUUUUACUUAGUUUAAUUUCGACACAGCAAUACAUAGCUUGUAUUUUAAGUAUGUUUAUAUACAAUUUAUUUUGGUAUUCAUCAUAUACAUGCAUACAUAUUCACAUGUACUGUUUUGUUCUAGAGCUAUUAUAUUUUUAUACUCAUAUGCGUACAUAUUACAUACGUAAAAAUUUGUAAUGUUUUAUGUGUUUAAGAUUUCGAUUUUCUGCAUUAUUAGAAAAUAGAAAGCUGGUGUUAACGUACCAACGAAUUAUUUAUUAAUUAAUUAAUUUCGUCUAUAUGUAUGUAUGUAAAUUUUCUAUGUAAUAUGCAUUCAAAUGAAUACCGGUUUUAAUAUGUAUACACCAUUUAAAAUAAAUUAAAAAAAAAAAAUUAACCAAAAAAUGUGGCAAUGCAAAAUUUUAUCAAGAUCUAAAUGCACAAGUGAAAACGAAAAUUGGCUCAAAGUAAUAUACAAACAUUAGUUUCUAAACCAUGCAAAACAAAAAACGGAUGAAUUUAAAGAAAAUCGUUUUUAAUACAAAAAAAAUUUAACUGAAAUAUUAUAUAUACAUACAUACUUUAAGCUAAACUUGUAGAUUUUUCAAAAUCACUAACAUACAUAUGUAAGAAACUAUUUUUUGCAAUGCAACGCUAAAACCGCAUCGUUUGCAGUUGUAUUAAAAAAAUUUCAAACAAAUUUCCUGUGCUAACAAUUGUUUUAAUUUUCUCUAUCCUUUAUUCAAAUUAUCGUAACAUAAAAUAAUUUAAAUAAUGCAAUUUCAUACAAAGUAAGCGUUGAGUAAUGUAACAUAUUAAAUAAAAACAUAAUUAAUAAUAUAUUAAAAUGCGAUAUAGUUUGAAUUUAAAGAUGCAGCAAUUUUCUUAAACUUAACCUAAAAUUCUGAAAACUCUAAUGAUGCAACUUACUAUAGUGAAUUAUUAAAUGACUUUCAAUUCAUGUCGCAAAAGCCGUUGCAUUGAAAAUUGAACAUAUUUUAAGUGAAAAUAAGGCAUAGUAAGUAAUAUAUAUACAUACAUAUACAAUAAAUAUACAUACUGGAGAACGCAUUAUAUAAUAGCAACGCUUUUAAUUUAUGCCAAUAUGUAUUGACAUACAUAGUUUUCCUCAAUCCAUUCAGAACAGUUUAUAACUUAACAUUAGAAUUCCUCUUCAUAUAAAAAUAUUAAAAGAAAACUAAAUCUAAUAUCAAAUAUGUAGUAACUAUAAAUUGUAAUAUUCAAAUUAAGUAAACGGAAAGCUCAGAUACAGAGGUAUAAAAUAAUUGCAAUGAUGAACAUCAUACAUAAGUAUACUAUAAAAAAUAUGUACGUUCUAAAACCUAAAUAAAUCUUUAAUGAUGAUAUUCAAACAUAUGCAAUAAUAUUGUAUAACUAGUAAAUGGAAUGCUGACUGUCAAAUUCUACGAUUGUAAGAUAUAUUCUCUGAAAAAAAAAAAAAAUAUAUAUAUAUAUAUAACUAAUGAUAAGAUGUGACACUCCUUGCCCAAAUGUAAAACUUCACCGUUCAAAGAACGCGUAAUUCUGUUGUCGAAUAAAUCCUUCACAUUUUAUAACCAUACAAUUAAACGAAAGUAAA